GCAGAAACGGGAAAUCCAUCGUGUGUUUUGCAACCUUUGAUGAGCUUGUAUGUACGGCAGUGCUCCUAACUGAAAGAGCACGGUGGAUACGCGGAGACCCCACCAAGGGGGUUGGGACUCCGCUGCCGCGACUCUCUUCGUUCCACUCGCGUCCAGCUGCGAGCGAGCGGCGUUGUGAGAAAUGACGCCAGAACAGCUCGAGAUUCUGCUCCAGCAGUACGGCAGCAACGUGUCUCAAGAUGACUACGACGAGUCAUCCGAGCCGGCUGGCGUGCGAGAGGACAGAGUGACGAGGCUUGCACCUGUGCUGAGCAUCUGCCAGGAGGCCUGGGCAUCUAGGUCGGACGAGCUGGAUGUGCUGGCCCAGAAGCUUGGAGACGGGAGCAGAGAUGUGGCGUGGCGUGUGCCAUUGGGCCAGUCGGGCAUUUUAGACCUGUUCCUGGAGAUCUUGGCAGAAGACGGGCUCAGCCAGGGACUGAAGGUGCACGCUCUGCGCUUGAUUGGCAACUCAUGCGCCGAUACGGAUGAGAACCGCGGGCGAGUCGUCGCCGAGAACAGACUCGCUUCCGUAGCUCGUCAGCUCUCUGACGAAAGUCUCAUUCCAUUCACGAUCCCUGUGUUGUACAACAUUCUGGUGGACUACGAACCCGCCCAGAAGCUCGCGUCACAGUCUCGACUGAGCGACAAGCUGAUAGCCCUACUCUCCUCGCCUGUCUUGUCCAAAUACGAGGUCUUUGUGCCUUACUUUUGCAAGAUGCUAGCGCUUCUGGUAUCUCAGGAAGGGGAAGCCGCGGUUGCAAACCCCGUGACGGUCGAGACGCUCCUGAAACUAGCCAAUAGCCCGCCGUUCAUUCAAGAUGUUGAUGACUUCGUGGCCCUCACCGGCGUGGCAGCGGCAUACCUGGCCAGCGAGGCGUUUCAGUCGAGACUCAUCUCUACCAACCAGAUGCAACUGUUCAUGGACGCGUUCAGACACGCAUAUGCAGGCAUCGACCCUCAGCAGCUGCUCGAAGACCAGGAAACCUCGACUCAAGUGAAGCAGCUGCGAACAGCCCUCCUCACGGCGCUUGCAGAUUUGUCCGGCAAUGACGGGUUUUCAGAGCACUACCCGCUGUCCUCGUCAGUACCGCAAACCCUCCUGUCUUGGACCCGGGGCGAUGUGCCUCUGCUUCAGGCAGCAGGGUGCUUGGCGCUGGGUAACCUUGCCCGGUCUGACGAGUUGUCUCUGGGGCUUGUCCAGCGAGAACAGGUCCAUGUGCCGCUCAUCGAACGUCUGUCGGACACCGCGACCACAGAUUCGCAACUUCUCCAUUCGGCGCUAUCGUUUCUCAAGAAUCUAGCCAUCCCAGCCCAAAACAAGCCAGCACUCGGAGACCUGCUGAGCCCAACCUGCGUCCCCCGAAUAUACUCCAUGGACACUCUCCCGCAGGUGCAGUUUGCGGCAGUCUCCCUGACCAGGCUGCUUGUUGUCAACUGCCCGCAAAACGUUCACCGCAUAUGCACGCCCCUGAGCGCGGACCCAUCGAGUCCGAACCACGAAAGGACGAGCGUGAGCAACAUCGUGUCCUUGUUCGACAGGUCGGACGCCGAGCCCACACGUCUGGAGGCAUCUCGUGCCAUCGCCGCGCUCUGUCGCGUCGUGCACUCGACGACACCUUUGUCAGACGUUCUCCCGGACUGGGAGGAGACUAAUCUUGCGAUCUCUGACGACUCCGACGCAAAGGCUCCAUCGGGAGGCGCCCGGCCGGACCAAGUUGCACAAUCGGACGAUGAAAAGCGUCGUAGCCGAUUCUACCAAACGCACGACUUAGUCAAGCCUCUAGCUUUUCUCGUUACGCAGCAAAAGUGGCCAACGUUGCGAUCCGAGGCCUGGUUCGUGCUUGCGCUCAUGAGCCGGUCCAGAGACGGCGCGGCUCUCAUCAUCAACAUGCUGCUCGUGUUCCCUGCGAUGAACGUACUCAUGGAGACGGUCACGGGCCGCAAAGGACAGUUGGACGAAUCAGAUGGGGUCGAGCAGCUUCAGGAUUCGCCCUCCGCCGCAUCGGUUGACCCCAGCCCCUCGUCGUUGACUGCCGGUCUACAGCUGGAGCCGCAACAGGUCGACCCGAAACAGCAAGCCAGCAUGGCCAAGAUUGACCGGGAAAAUGCGCUGAUCCUCUGCACGGAGCUGCUGAGGAAUUGGGAGGACUCGCUGCCGCCGUUGAGGUUGAGCCUGUUGCAGGACUUGGUCAAGGAGGGGACCGAGUUGGUUGCUGCAGAUAGAGCCAGGGCUUAGUGUGGCGGCAGCUGCUCGUCCCUAAAACAAAUGGCUAGAGAACGGGCAACUCAAAUUCACCACAAUCGGGACCUUUUGCCAAGCGUGUCAACUGUUCCUUCGCUCACGUAAUGCUUCCAUUGACC